GUAGAAGUAUGGAGCACGGUUCUUUUAAAUUCUAAUGUUUAAUAGAGAAUUAUCCGGUGAUAGAACCUACAAGGCACAUCUUUUCAAAUAUUAUCUACUUAUUACUUUAAUACUAUCUAUAUAUUUUAGGUAUGCAAAAUUUACAAAUUCAAAUUAAUUUUUCAUUCAAAAUUGUUCAUCUAGAACUCAACUAAGGUUAGGUAUAAUAGUGAAAUUUUUAAUAAUGAAUAUUUUUACCAUUUUAUGUGCCAAUAAACACAGACAUUAUAGUACAUUAAUAAAGUAUCACAGGUAUUACAGGUUAUAAUAUUAUUAUUUAAAAAUAUUGUAUAAAAUAAAUUACCAACUACAUGUUUCUAGAUAACAAAAAUAAUUGUAUUUUAUAUUUUUUUUUAUUUUUUUGUUUAUUUAUUUUAUGGGUGUAAAAUGUUGAAUUAUAGAUAUGGCAGAAUAAAAUUUACCUCGGUAUUGGUACAGAAAAGAUUUAAAAAAGAUGAUAAUUUAUCCACUCUAUUUAUCCCUGUACCUGUGAAACCAAAUCCAGAUGAUAUAAAUGUUGGUGCUGAGCUUACUGGAAGACUAAAUAAAGGCGAUCUUUUAAAAAUAUUAAAUCGGUUUUAUCAAAAACCUGAAAUCAAACAGUUAGCUUUAGAAAAUGGAUUAGAUAGUAAGAUAUAUUUUUUUUAAUUAGAUCAAACUCAAUGCCUAUUAAAGUUAACAUAUUUUAGAUUACUUACAGCAUCAAGCAUAUAUAAGUUUUAGACGUUUUUGUCUUGAAGCUAAUACUUUGCCUGUUGAUCUUCAUGUUGUUAUUAGUGAUAUUUUACAAGGAGCUGGUCAUGUCGAUGAUAUACUUCCAUAUUUUUUAAGACAUGCAAAACAAAUGUUUCCACAUCUUGAGUGUAUGGAUGACUUGAAAAAAAUUAGUGAUCUUCGAUCUCCUGCUAAUUGGUUAGUUGAUAAUUUAUUUUAUUACUAUUUUUAUUUAAUUUUUUUUAAAUCUGGUUUUGAUCAGUAGCAUUAUAUAAUAUAUAUUAAAUUAAUAACUUUAAACAAUUGAGUUUAAAUAAUUCAACCUAACCUAACUGAUGAGCUAAUUAAUCAGUAAUCAAUAGUGACCUAUAAGAAAAAUAACUAGAUCUUCCUCUAUGGAGUGAUGGAUAGAAAAGAAAAAUUUUAGAAAUGAUGGAAGGGACAAAUUUAAAAGUUUGAGUACAAGACUGGAUGAUAGAAAAAAAAAGAACGACCUUAACCAAAUUUCUCACUAAUUGUAUUUGUAACAUAUUUUAAGUGUAGCCAUAGAUUUAACUUGUUUAUAAUGUUUAAAAUAUUAUUUAUAUUCAUAGGUAUUCAGAGGCAAGAGCUAUUAAUCGAAAAAUAAUAUUCCAUGCAGGUCCAACUAAUAGUGGGAAAACAUAUCAUGCUUUAGAAAAAUAUCUUUCAUCUAAUUCUGGAGUUUAUUGUGGCCCAUUAAAACUUUUAGCUACUGAAGUAUAUCGCAAAUCUAAUGAAAGAGUAAGACAGUCUUAAUCUUAAUUUGAAAACCUAUAAAAAUAUGUAUGUCUUUAAUAAUUUAUUUUUUAAUUUAAUAUUUAAAAAUUAAGUCAUAUUCUGAGAUAUAGAAUAUAUUAUUUUAUAACACAUUAGGUAAAAUAUUUUAUAUAUUCUAGGGUACUCCAUGUGAUUUGGUCACUGGAGAAGAAAGAAAAUUUGCUGAUGAGAAAAAUGAACCUUCCAAACAUAUUUCAUGUACUGUUGAAAUGGCAAAUGUAAACACACCAUGUAUGUGAAUUAAAUAAAUAUUAAAAUUAUCAUUUUAAUAUGAAAAAUAAAUUAUUGUAUAAUAAUAAUAAUAAUAAUAAUAAUUUUCCCCUCAAGAUGAUAUUGCAGUUAUUGAUGAAAUACAAAUGAUGAAGGAUCCCAGCCGUGGUUGGGCUUGGACAAGAGCUUUGUUGGGUAUAGUCGCUAAUGAAAUUCAUUUAUGUGGUGAAGAAGGUGCAGUUGAUUUAGUUAAAGGAUUAAUGACAACAACUGGUGAAGAUGUUCAGGUAUAAUACAUUAUAUGUUGAAGUAUAUAACUACUAGUUUUGAAAUUUUGUUAUAUUUUAUUAGGUUUACAGAUAUAAACGUUUAACUGAAUUAACCAUUGAAGAUUCAGCAGUUUGUAGUUUGGACAAUAUUAUGCCAGGUGAUUGUAUUGUUUGCUUCAGCAAAAAUGAUGUGUAUACGGUAAUUGGUCAUUUUCAAAUAUUUUACUGUACAGUAAAUUCUUCGCUAACAAUCACCUCUUUGUAACAGUAAUUUUUUUUUUGGUCCUAUCAAGUGUUAUGUCUUUAUAAGACACCUUUAAAUAGUGAUCAUUAUUUUCAGUCACUCCGGUGACUGUUAUAUAGAAGUUUUUCUGUAUAAUUAUUAUUUUUAUUAGACAAUAAUCAAUAUAUACUAUAUAGGUAAGUCGUGGAAUUGAAUCUAGAGGUGUCGAAGUAGCAGUUAUAUAUGGUGGCUUGCCACCUAACACAAAAUUGGCUCAGGCACAAAAAUUUAAUGACCCUAAAAAUUCUUGUAAUGUUCUUGUUGCUACUGAUGCUAUUGGAAUGGGAUUAAACUUGUAAGUUAUAAAAUAAUUGUUAAUAAAAUCAUUAGCUGCUGUAAACCUGUAAGUUAUGUAUUUUUAGGAGUAUUAGAAGAGUUAUAUUUUAUUCAUUAAUAAAACCAAUAUUAAAUGAAAAGGGAGAGAAAGAAAUGGACACUAUUUCAGUAUCACAAGCCCUUCAAAUCGCAGGACGUGCAGGACGUUAUGGAACACAAUAUGAAAAAGUAAUACAAUACCAAUGUGUUUUUAUUUAUUAAUUUUGAACAUAAAUUAUUUAAGGGUUGCGUGACAACAUUCAAACCUCAAGAUUUAUCUACUUUAAAAAAUAUAUUAUCAAAUAAACCAGAACCUAUACUCAAAGCAGGACUUCAUCCAACUGCUGAUCAGAUAGAAUUAUAUGCAUACCAUUUGCCAAAUUCAACCUUAUCCAAUCUUGUAGUUAGUAACACAAAAACGUUUUUAUUUAUUUAGUUAAAUUCUUAUUUUUAUUAUUUUUAAUUUUGUCUUAGGAUAUUUUUAUUUCAUUGUCAACAGUUGAUGACUCAUUAUACUUUAUGUGCAAUAUAGAAGACUUUAAAUUUCUUGCUGAUAUGAUACAACAUGUUCCAUUGCCACUCAGAGCAAGAUAUGUUUUCUGCUGUGCACCCAUUAAUAGAAAAAUGCCAUUUGUCUGCACCAUGUUUCUUAAAGUAUGUAUAAAUUGACAUGUUUAUUGACAAUGAGAGACAAGAUGAUUUUUUAUUUUUUUGGUUGUGAAAAGUUGGUCUUACUUGUAUAGUUCGACUUAUUAUAUUAUAACAGUUAUGCUAUAUAUGUUUAUAUGUUCUUUUGUUUAAAAGAAAUAUUACUCUAUAAAAAUGAGAUAUGGGUAGAUAUUUUUAAUAUGAUUUAAAAUUACCUUUUUUAUUAAAAACAACUUUUUAUUUUGAAUAGUAUUCAAGACAAUAUAGUAAAAAUGAAUCUAUCACUUUCGAUUGGUUGUGCAAACAUAUUGGAUGGCCUUUUACUAUUCCAAAAACUAUUAUUGAUUUAGUACAUUUAGAAUCAGUGUUUGAUGUUCUUGAUUUGUACUUAUGGUUUAGGUUUGUAUUGUCAUUUGUUUUUGAUAAUGUUUGAUUAUUAUUAUGUAUUUUUUUUAUAUUACAGUUAUAGGUUUUCUGAUUUAUUUUCUGAAGCAAAUUUAGUUAGAGAUAUGCAAGCAGAAUUGGAUGAUAUAAUUGAACAAGGUGUAGUUCAAAUUACUAGGUUAUUAAGAAACUCUGAAGCUACUAAUCCUAAUAGUGAUUCAAUUGAGGAAGAUUUUAAUGUUGCAAGACAUAAACAUAAUUAUUUAAGAGGCAAGAAUACCAUUGAGAACAUGUAAUUUAUUCGGUUAAUCUGACCUAUAUUGUUUUUAUUUAAUUAGAAUCAUCUCAAAGAAAUUUUAAUAAAAAUAGUAUUGGAAAAGGACGAUUAACAGAAAGACUCUUAGCCCAAGGAUUAUUGACUCCUAAUAUGUUAGAUGAAUUACAAAAAGAAUGGGACAUAGUAAGUACAUAUUUUAAUUUAAUUAGGUAUUGUAGAAUACAUUCUUACUUUAUCAAAAUACAUUUGUUCAUGAUAAAGUACAACAAUUUAUAUUUUUCAGAAUAAAAAUAAAAAUGAAAAUGAUGAUGAUAAUGAUGAUGAUCCGCCCGAAAAUCCUAAUCAACCAAAUAACAAAAGAUCAAGGAGACGAAGACGAAAAUAUUAAAUUAUAUAAAAUAUACAUGUAUAAUUUAUGUUUCUAUAUUGUAAAUUAUUAAAAUAAUGUGA